AGUCAUCUCAGCUUCUCAGCUGUCAUCUGUCAGCUGAAUUGAUAAGAUUUUAUUGAGAUUCUUAAAUUAAUAUAAAUAAAUUGCUCUCGAUUGACUAUUUAUCUAUCAGUCACGUCUCGGUUAAAGCGGCAGCGUCCGGCGCUCGACUCGCUUGUGUGUCGCGUCUUAUCGUUAUCAGUCCAGUGAACCGACAAGCUACGAUAAUGGACCUGCUACGGUUCGGUGCUGCAAGACAUCUACAGUUGUUUACAACGACUUACAGAAGUAUGCAUCUCUUAAAAAAUAAAGCUUUUGUGGACGGAAAAUGGCAGCACGCGGCGAAUAAUGCUGUGUUUCCUGUGACCAAUCCUGCCGAUGACACUGUAAUUGGAGAAGUACCAGACAUGAGCGAAAAGGAUGCUAAAUUUGCGAUCGACGUCGCUUCGAAAGCAUUCAAAUCUUGGAGAGAUUCAACUGCAAGAGAACGUGCGAAUAUUCUUCGAAAAUGGAAUAACCUAUGCUUAGAAAACGUUGAUCACCUCGCAGAGGUAUUGACAGCCGAGUCAGGGAAGCCUUUGGCGGAAGCAAAGGGUGAAGUUAUAUAUGGAACAUCUUUUCUCGAAUAUUUUGCAGAUACGGCGCGCCAUGUUACUGGCGAAAUAAUUCCAAGUCCUUGGCCAAAUAAGCAGAUUCUUGUGACAAGGCACCCAAUUGGAGUGAUAUCAAUCAUUACACCCUGGAAUUUUCCGUUCGCGAUGAUAACUCGUAAAGUGGGAGCACUCUUGGCGGCUGGUUGCACCUGUGUCAUCAAACCAUCAGAGGAUACCCCACUGACAGCUUUAGCGGCAGUUGAACUAGCUAAGCAAGCCGGUGUUCCCGACGGUGUUGUUAAUGUGGUGACAACUAGCAGAAAUAAUGCUGCAAGUGUAGGCAAACUCUUGUGCGAAGAUCCUGCAGUAGGUUGCAUUUCAUUCACUGGCUCUACCAAUGUUGGAAGAAUUCUUUAUGGAAUGGCUGCAAAGGGCAUCAAAAGAGUAUCUUUAGAGUUGGGUGGUAAUGCCCCAUUUAUUGUUUUCCCUAGUGCUGAUCUGGAAAAUGCUCUCGACCAAGCCAUGCUAGCCAAGUUCAGAAAUAAUGGGCAGGCAUGUGUUGGAGCUAAUAGAUUCCUGAUACAUGAGAGUGUGUUUGACAAGUUUAUUGAAGGUUUCAAAGGUCGUAUUGGAAAGAAGUGCAUUCUUGGGCCUGGAACCAAGGCAGGGGUAACUUGUGGGCCACUUGUAAACAAGAUGCAAGUUGAUAAGGUGUCGGGCCUUGUUGAUGAUGCAGUAUCAAAAGGAGCAAAGGUUGUGGUUGGUGGAAAAGUUGCCAAAGAAUUAGGUGACAAAUUCUAUCAAUCUACUUUGCUUGUUGAUGUUAAACCCAGUAUGGAAAUAUAUCAUGAAGAGGUGUUUGGGCCAGUGGCUGUCUGUUACAAGUUUAAAGAUGAAGCCGAGGCACUUGAAGUUGCCAAUAGCACUAGAGGUGGCCUUGCUAGCUAUGUGUUCACCAAAGACCUCGGCCAAGUGUUCAGAAUGUCUCAAAAAUUGGAAUUUGGAAUGGUUGGAAUCAAUGAUGGAAUAGUGUCUGUGGCUGAGGCACCUUUCGGAGGCAUUAAAGAGUCUGGAAUUGGCCGAGAGGGUAGCAAGCAUGGUGUUGAAGAAUAUACAGAUAUUAAAUAUACUUUGAUGUCUGCCUUGGAUAAAUAAAUUAUACUUUGUUGAGUUUUUGUGCCAUAUUACUUUAGGUAAUGAAAUUUGUUGCUUUUUUAGUUAGUAUUGUAUAUUAUCUAUACUGUAUAGUGUUAAUAUAAUUGUUUAUGACUUUUAUUUAUAUUUAUUAAUUAUCUAUAACUUGUUGAUUGUAUAUAGUUUUCAUUGACUUUGGUCAUCUAUUGAAAAUUAUUUGUAUGAUCAGCUCAUUUAUUACAUAGUGUUUGUCUUUAUAAUAUAAGUAUACAUAGCAUUAAACUAUGUAAACCAUUCCAGUCUUCCAGAAAAUGUGAUUUUAUAGGUAGUAAGGGAAGGGUAGUAAAUGUACAUGAAAUUACAUAUUCCAUUAGGCAGGCUGCUUAGUUUGUAAGAUGCUAUGUCUUAAUGUUCAUAUUGAAAACAAUGCUCAUUGAAUAGGCAAUACAAUAUAAAUAUACCUGCUGAACUAUACAGAAUCAGUUACUCCUAUUACUAUUUAUGAUUAUGUAAAAAUCUACCUUAAUGAGAAUUGCAUUUAUAGAAAUAUGUUACAUGUAUAUAUUGUGUAUUGUGUAUUUAUGUAAUAUAAUAUAAUUCAGAGAAAUCUGGCACAUAAUUUUUUACAUGCAUGGUGUAUACUUGUAUACUUGGUGAAAUUGAAAUAAUGUUACUAUCCAAAGUUGGCAAAUAUCUCAUCUAAAUAAUACCAACUGUACUUCAUAAAUAUUUUCCAAUUCAAUCAGUGAUAAAAUCAGAAAAUAAUAUAAUUUAGAAAUCUCGUCACUACUUUUAAAAAAACUUGUAUCUUCAUCUGUCAAUGAAAAGAAAAUUACAGCGUGAGAUACGAGAUUUUUUAAAAGUAGUGACGAUCUGCUGGUUUCUCCAACUUUUUUGAUAUACCUAUCUUGUUCUCUACCAAACAUUUUUAAAAUUGCAAACGCCAAACUGUAUCGAUAUGACAGUGGUCACCACUCACCAUACCCGAACUAUGUAAAAAUCAAUGUUAAUCAUUUGUACACACAUUUUUCUUCAAUGUAGUAAAUAAUGGUCUCAUAAGUAUGUAUAUUGUUAAAUAUAUAUUAUACAAAUAU